GUGUGAAGAAUGGGGUAGAACCCUGAGCCCAAUCCCGAGGCCCCCACCUCACUCCCUGAUACAUGAGGAAAUGGAUGAACAGAAGAUCCUAGAACUCAUCAACAAGAUGAUGGAGCUGCUGACUGGAGAGGUUCCUAUAAGGUGUCAGGACGUGGCGGACUAUUUCUCCAUGGAGGAGUGGGAGUAUGCAGAAGGACACAAGGAUCAGUAUAAGGAUCAGGUCAUGAUGGAGGAUCAGCAGCCCCUCACAUCACCAGUCAGAUCCAGGAAGAGAACAGCACCAGAGAGGUGUCCCCGUCCUCUUGUAGAACAGAAUAUGGAGGUCAUUACUACAUGGAAAGAUCUGGACUAUAUUAAUGCUACAGACAUAAAGAAAGAAGAGACAGAUUUGAGCAGUGAUGAUAAGUAUAAGGAGGACAUUCCUACAGGGGAAGAUCUGAUCUAUAUUAAUGCUCCAGACAUAAAGGAAGAAGAAGAGACAGAUAGGAGCAGUGAUGAGCAGUAUAAGGAGGACAUUCCUAUAGGGAAAGAUCUGAUCUAUAUUAAUGCUCCAGACAUAAUAGUAAAAGUAGAAGAAGAGACAGAUGUGAGCGGUGAUGAGCAGUAUAAGGAGGACAUUCCUAUAGGUAUCCGCCCAGAUUCUUGUAGCAGGAGAUCAGAGGAGAAUCUUAUAUCUUCAGAUUAUAAAGCAGAUGAUGAUAUCACACAAGAUACAUAUGAAGAACAUUCCAUUAUCCCAGAUACACCCUCAGCCCUUCACAGCCAAGAUCUGUCAUCUCAUCCUUAUAUACAGGUCCUGUCUUCUCAGUCAUCACAGGAUGUUCAGAAAAAUAAAGGUCAUAGAAGGUGUGUUGGACAUCAACGAGCUCAUACAGGAAAGAAAACAUAUUCAUGCUCAGAAUGUGGGAAAUGUUUUACUCAGAAAUCAAGUCUUGUAGUACAUCAGAGAACUCAUACAGGAGAGAAGCCAUUUUCAUGUUCAGAAUGUGAGAAAUGUUUUACUGCUAAAUCAGAUCUUGUUAGACAUAAGAGAAGUCACACAAGAGAGAAGCCAUUUGUAUGUUCACAAUGUGGAAAAUGUUUUACUCAGCAAGCACAUCUUGUUGCACAUCAAAUAACUCACUCAGGUGAGAAGCCCUUUCCAUGUUCAGAAUGUGGGAAAUGUCUUACUCGGAAAGCACAUCUUGUUAUACACCUACAGAAAUGUCUGUUACGCAAAAUGCAAAUAGAAUCCAAAUAACACAUCUGU